UCAAAAGUUGAGGUUAUGUUUUGCAGUUCUAUAUAAUUCCUGCAUUAUCGCACAAUUUCUUGGCUAAUUCGCUAGAUUCACUCACAAUUAUGCUAACAAGUCGUGUAUAUAUGGCCACCAAGCGCGUCGGUUCCUAAGAAAGUUUUUAUAUGGUUAUUAUUUUUUUUAUAACCCUUGCUUUAUUUACAUGUAAUACCAUUGUGUAAUUACUAUUUAGUUCUAAUUUAGUGUUUUAUAAAACUAUACAACAUGUACAGGAAUCUUUUACUACGUUUACCCAUUAGAUCAUUGCAGAGAGAAACGCUGCCACUAUUAACAAGUAUCAAAAAAUCGCCAGAUAUCAUUAAAGCUCGUCAACUGUCAGUAACAUGUAUCUAUUGCAAGAAACGAAGAUCCAUAGAAGAAAAGGCUGUAGAAACUCAAGGGAGGCAAGCUAUCAGAUACUCCCCAAAAGCGGGCUCAGAAGUGGUGGGCAUAUGGAGGAACAUGACAGUGAGAGAUGUGGCUGAGGUGCUCAAGAAGGAUGUUGAACAUGUCUUCAAAGUGUUGGAGUUUGCGGACAAAACAUCAGACAUAAACUACAAAGCAGACACUGUGAUACAUAACCCGCAGGUUGUUCGCGACAUAGUCAAAAUAUCAGGAUCCAGGUUCAAACUGGUACCUAGGCCUGAUGAAGAGGCAGAGGUCGAGGAGAACAAGGACGCGGUCCCGGCCCCGCCCGCGCCGCCCGAAGCGCUGCGGCCCCGACCGCCCGUCGUCUGCGUAAUGGGACACGUGGACCACGGGAAAACUACGCUACUAGACGCCUUGAGAGACACGUCCGUCGUCGAUCAGGAGUUCGGCGGCAUUACGCAGCAUAUAGGAGCGUUUGAAGUGAAACUGGCGUCUGGCGAAACAGUGACAUUCCUCGACACGCCGGGGCACGCGGCGUUCACAGCCAUGCGGUCUCGCGGCGCGUUCGCCACCGAUAUAGUGGUGCUAGUGGUCGCCGCUGACGAUGGAGUCAUGGAGCAGACUGUGGAGUCUGUAAGGAUGGCGAGGGAAGCUAACGUGCCCAUACUGGUGGCGAUCAACAAAAUCGACAAGCCAGGUGUGAACAUUGAAAACACGAUGCGCUCGCUAGCGCAGCAUGGCGUGGUUUGCGAAGCCCUCGGCGGCGACAUCCAAGCCAUCCCGGUCUCAGCACUAAAGAAGACCAAUCUGGAUACUUUAGUGGAGGCACUAACGUUACAAGCUCAGCUUAUGGAGUUGAAGGCGGACCCGAGCGGAUAUGUCGAGGGUGUGGUUAUUGAGGCGCAACUCGAUCCGAGGACGGGAAAACAAGCUACAGUUUUGGUGCAAAGAGGAACUCUACGCCGCGGCAGUGUCAUUGUAGCUGGUAGUGGAUGGGCCAAGGUGCGCGUGUUAAACUCUGCUGAAGGCCGUGUCGUGUUGGAAGCGCCGCCAUCAACCCCCGUGUCGGUGCUGGGCUGGCGGGAGCUGCCCUCUGCCGGCGAUCAGGUGCUCGAAGUCAGCUCUGAGAAACGCGCCGCCGAGGUGAUGAAAUGGCGGCACAACCAGCGCAUGAAGGAGAAGCAAGCCUCCGACCUCGAGGUGAUCGCCGCCAAGGCGGCCGCACAUCGCCAGCAGUACCGCCAGCAACUAGAGAGGAAACGGGCUAUGGGCAGGAUGCGGUUACGACCCGUGGGACCGCGUCAGAAGAUGAUCCAGUACGACGACCAUCCGACGCUCAGCGUUAUCGUUAAAGGUGACGUGGACGGGUCCGUGGAGGCGAUCCUGGACAUCCUGGAGACGUACGACGAGCACGACACCGUGCGGCUCGACCUCGUCCACUUCGGAGUUGGCCCCGUCACUCCCAACGAUCUGGAGAUAGCAGAAGCGUUCAAUGCCGUGAUAUACGCUUUCAACGUGGACUGCCCCGCGCCGCUGGUCGUCGAGGCCAAGAACAAGAACAUCGGCCUGAAGAAACACAACAUCAUUUACAAACUAGUCGACGAUGUGAAAGAUGAGCUCAGUGCGAGGAUCCCGAAGAGACAGGAGGAAGAGAUUAUAGGCGAGGCCAACGUUCUCCAGCAGUUCAUGGUGACGGAAGGCAAGCGUAAAGUCCCCGUGGCCGGGUGCCGCUGCGUGAAGGGCGCUCUGCAACGGAACGCGCUCUACCGACUCAUACGGGGCGGAGAAGUCAUCUACGAAGGUAAAUUAUCCUCCAUGAAACACCUGAAAGACGAAGUGAGCACCAUAAAGCGCGACAUGGAGUGCGGCUUGCGGCUGGACUCGACCGAAGUGUCCGUGAGCCCCGGAGACACGUUAGUCUGUUACAAGCUUGUAGACGCUAGCGACCGCACCGGUUGGGACCCCGGUUUUUAAG